CUCCAUAGGAAGAAAACGCUCUUCAUUUCUUCCUUUACCUUUGUGGCUUUGCGUCUUCCGUAGCCUGAGCUAGGGCUUGAGGGAGGCGCAGAGAAAGAGAGCAAUGGAGGAUCCCUUCUCUGUUGGCCCUGCCGCUCCUCCCUCCCCGGUCGGCGUCGUCUCCCAUCUCUUAUCCACCAUCUUACCACUGUCAGACGGCGUUGCAAUCGCUUGGCGUUGGCCCGAUGCGCUAUUGGGCUCGAUCGGGGACGCCUGGCGGGAGGUGCGGUCGCGGGCAGUCGCGCCGGUGCUGCGAGUUGCGAUCAUCGUUUGCUUGGCGAUGUCGGCGAUGCUGCUGGUCGAGGUGGUCUCCAUGGCCGUCGUCAGCCUCGCGGUCAAGGUCCUACGCCGCUGGCCGGAGUCGCGCUACCGUUGGGAGCCGAUCAACGCCGGGGCCGACCCGGAGUCCGGGAAUCUGGAUUUUCCCAUGGUGCUCGUUCAGAUUCCGAUGUACAACGAGAGAAAGGUAUACAAGCUCUCCAUUGGGGCCGCCUGUGCUCUUUUCUGGCCGUCCGAUCGGAUAGUAAUCCAAGUUCUGGAUGAUUCCACGGAUCCUACGAUCAAGGGCAUGGUGGAAAUUGAAUGCAAGCUUUGGGCAAACAAAGGCAUUAAUAUAUACUAUGAAGUUAGGGAUAACAGGAAAGGGUACAAAGCUGGUGCAUUGAAACUGGGAAUGGAACAUGACUAUGCCAAAGAAUGUGAAUUUGUUGCCAUUUUUGAUUCUGAUUUCCAACCAGAACCUGAUUUUCUCAUGAAAACCAUUCCUUUUCUUGUUCAUAAUCCAAGUAUUGCACUUGUUCAAGCACGAUGGCAAUUUGUGAACUUCAGCGAUUGCCUUAUGACAAGGAUACAAAAGCUUACAUUGGAUUACCACUUUAAAGUGGAGCAAGAAGCAGGUUCAUCCACCUUCGCGUUUUUUGGCUUCAAUGGGACUGCUGGUGUGUGGCGUACAUCAGCAAUUAAUGAAGCAGGAGGUUGGAAGGAUAGAACCACUGUUGAGGAUAUGGACUUGGCUGUAAGAGCAACCCUCAGAGGCUGGAAACUGUUAUAUGUGGGUGAUGUAAAGGUUAAAAGUGAAUUGCCCAGUACUUUCAAGGCAUACCGGUACCAGCAGCAUCGCUGGAGUUGUGGAGCUGCAUACUUGUUCCGGAAAAUGGCAAUUGAGAUAUUAAAGGCCAAGGAAGUAUCAUUAUGGAAGAAAUUCCAUCUAACAUACAGUUUUUUCUUUGUAAGGAAGAUUGUAACCCACUUAGUUACAUUUUUUCUUUAUUGCGUUGUGAUCCCAACAUCUGUUUUGGUUCCGGAAGCCACCAUUCCAGCAUGGGGAGUAGUGUAUAUACCUACUACAAUUACCAUUUUGAAUGCCAUAAGAAAUCCAAGUUCCCUCCAUCUUAUUCCAUUUUGGAUCCUGUUUGAGAAUGUCAUGGCCAUGCACCGGAUGAAAGCAACUAUAAUUGGUCUAUUGGAAGCUGGUACUUUUGACGAAUGGAUAGUCACGGAUAAGCUGGGAGAGACCCUCAAGGAUAAAACUAGAAUCCCAUUACUAGAAAAGGCAUCAACCACUCUAAGCGACAGAUUAAACUUGCCAGAACUCGGAUUUGCUGCCUUUCUCUUUCUUUGUGCCUGCUACAAUCUUGCCUAUGGUCAAAACUACUACUAUGGUUAUAUCUAUGUUCAGGCGGUUGCAUUCUUGGUUGUUGGCUGUGGCUAUGUCGGAACCUUUAUCACAAACCCGUAGCUUCUCCAAUUGCAGAUUUAUAUUUCUUGAUGAAACUAAGGAACUAAUGCUGCUGACCGCAAAACAUUUAUAUAAAGCGAUCCUAAUCUGUUUAACAUUGUUAAUGGAUGAAGCUCAGGGGAGUGCCUUCCACUGACAUAAUGACUUUGUACGAGAGUGAGUUUUUGGAGCUCUCAUUGUUUCUAUUAUUUUAAAAAGUUUGAAUUGCUCUGGUCCCGGAGGGUCAUAAGUUUCUGUGUUGGGAUUAAGCAGCAGAAAUGGUUUAGAUACAAUAACUUCAACCGUUUGCUUGAAAUUGUUUAACUGAUUGCUUCGGAAGAACAUUGGUGUCUCCAAGCUUCUUUAACAGUGUGUUUCGAUAGAAUUUGACAUUGCGUCCUUGAUUGUUUUUAUGAACACACCUUAUGUUGUAAUGCCUUCUUUUGUACACUUCAAACAUUACACUAAAUUUAUUCAUUUUCAGUGUGAAUCUUA